AGGAACGAAUGAAUAAGCGAAAUGUGUUUCAUACGAGAGGAAUUGUUGGACGGACCGUGUGUCACAUUGCACUGGGGGUCAAAUGUUGUGAGGAUGUGUGCGUAGCAUCUUAAAAUAUGUCAAGCUUUUCCAGAUCUGCCCAGCAAUGGGCCACCUUCGCCCGAUCCUGGUUCCUCAUCGAUGCCAGGAUGCAGCCUCCCGGCAAGAUCGCGACCAUGUGUUCUGUCAGAUUACAGGGGAAGCACAAACCUAUCUAUCAUUCUCUCAGUGACUGUGGUGAUCAUGUAGUGGUAAUAAACACCAAACACAUCGCCUUCUCUGGGAACAAAUGGGAGCAGAAGGUCUACUCGUCACACACAGGGUUUCCUGGUGGGUUCAAACAAGUCACAGCCGCUCAGCUUCACCAAAAGGACCCAAAAGCGAUUGUGAGGUUAGCAGUUUAUGGCAUGCUGCCCCGAAAUUUGCACCGGCGCACAAUGAUGCAACGACUGCACAUCUUUCCUGAGGAUGAGUUGCCAGAUGCCAUCCGAGCCAACCUGACAGAGGAGCUUCCUCAGCCCAGAGACAUCCCCAGGAAGCUGAGCGAGUAUACCCAGGAGGAGAUCGACGCCUUCCCCAGGCUGUGGAUCCCACCUGAAGACUACAAGAUGAAAUGAAAUCAAAGUUCCCCAGAACAACUAAAGCUGGAUUUUUUUGUUUGUUUUAUAUUAAACCCAGAAACACAGCAGAGUUUAAAACACUUUGUUGCUUUCAGAAAAAUCUUGAUUUCAUCCUCUUUUGUAAAUUUACUGAAGAGCUUUCUUUCGUCUCCAAAAACUGCCAUCAAAGUUUUGUCCGGGCUCCAAGCACCGAGCCGCAACUUCCAUGCCAGCAGCAACAAGCCGGUCUCCCCGCCGCUCCGUUUUUGUAGGGCCGCACACAAAAGCUCCCCGGCAGCGGCGGAACCGCAGCGGAGCCCGUUUGUCCAGGAACAGCCUGAGAUUUCACCGCGUGGCUCGGCACCGAUCAGAGAAAACCCAGAUUCUGUGGCUCCGCCCUCUGAUCAGGCCGCCACCAAAGCGACCGGACCUGGCCCGGAAACGCGGCAUCUGCUAGAGCUCGUUUUUGGCCGUUUGGGUGUUUCACCCUGAAAAACAACCGUGUUACAGUAACGAGAGCAGCAUGCUGCAAAUGUCGACUGUGGUGUGGAGUUGUGUUUUUGUGUUUCAGUGAACUGUAAAACAGGCUAAUAAAGCGUUUAAUGAAGCAUCUCUUCUAAAAAAAAAGUGCUUCCCAUAAA